AUGCACUCGGAACAGCCAUCAAAACUAUCUCCUGCGAAGUUUAACCUUUUGUCAGCCAUCUGUUCUCUACAGAUGGAUAACAAUUUAACACAUAGAGAGUUAUGUGAUAAACUGCAGUCGGAAAAUCCAACAUGGUACAUCAGUUCUAAAAGAGUCAAGAAGUUGAGAAUAGACUUCAGAAUUGCCGAGGAUAUUUCGCUGUCUACAAGUGUCACAGAAGGUCUUUUGCUUCUGUUGACGAACCUUACUCCUAUCUUGCAAUCUCGUCCUACUUCGAAUCUGGCAGCGCUCGAGUUCAUCCGAGAUCAUUUGCCUGUAGGCAUACCUCAAGAACCUCUUAUAUUAUUCCCUAGGGAACAACAUAUAAUUGAGUGGUAUUAUCAUAUCUAUUAUACUACUCAGGAGUCAGACGCACGACCGUUUCAUCCAGUGAUGAUGGAAAUUUACGGGAAGAAGAGAUGUCCUCGUGGAGCAUUGAUAAUCGUCAAGAAUGGAGACGGUUUUCUUCCGGAUGCACCUAAAUUCGACAUGGACAUCAACGACUUAGGAAGAACGUUGUGGUGGUACAUUAAGAGCGGGAGAGAUCCUAUCAAAGAAGCAAGCGAGAGGGAAUUGAUGCGUUUCAUUGAUCAGUCGGUUGGAAGGAUGUAG